GCACCUCGUGGUGGCGGCGAAGGCAGCCGCUUGCUUGCGCUUGCCUCACUUCGCCAGGCACAAGUUACAGAACAAAGAAAGCAGCAGCAGCAGCUCGAGCGCGCCGCUCUCAAGUUACUUGUCUCAGCUCCCCGCCGGGGCUGGAGGACCCUGGCCAUUCCGCCCUCUCGACGCCCUCCCUCAGAAACAACUUGCCGGAGAGUUGCUGUGUGGGUUGUUUUUUGUUUUUUUUUUGUCUCCCACCGCCGCAUUUCCCCCCAAGUUUCUCUUUGCUCACCCUCUCCCGUUUCUGAAAUAGAAGGAAUCUUCCAGGAUUGGGCAGAAGGAGUUUCCAGGCACCAAGAUGAAAAGUAAAAAAAGUAAGUGGGUUUGUUUGGUGGGGCUCUGAGGCGCCUCGCUGCCCUCCUCGUGGUGUUGCUAAACAAUUGCGAGGCGAAGGCGAGGGAGAGAAGCUGCUGCUUUGCAACUCGCGAGUUCGGUUUGGGAAAGAGCUCGGACUUUUCCCCAGAAACUUGGUGUGCAGUCCGUGUCUUACAUGGCAGUUGAGGGGGGUUUUCCGCUCAGACAAAACACAAGCUGUCUGCUUGGAGGCUGCAACUCCAUGCUGUUGCUGGCGCCCUGUCAAAAACAUGUUCCAACUGCCUGCUUUGUGUCCGAACAAAGUUUUCUCCUAGUCUCUCUUCCCCCUCCCCCUUCUCUCUUUUAAACCCGUUUGUUUUGCUUUACUUCUUGCCUUCUCUCUCAUUGAAUACUGAAAGUUUCUCAAACAAGAAUGUGCCUUCUGGUCCCGUUCCCCCCGGUUUUUUUUUUACGUUUUAGAAUCUCAGCAGCCUUCCUCGAGCAUGGGAGCGAAGGAGCGUUCUUUGUUUGCGAUUUUCGGCUAGGAGGGGGGCAUGGAGACGGGGGUGGAGCCAUUUAAAAAGCGGUUAAGCAAACUCUGGUGCAGGGCUUUUGGUUUUAUUAAAAAGAUGCAAAGUGUGUUUAUACAAGACACGAAAGCAGGUUUAGGUACGCUUUCUUCUCCCAGAAUGAGAGAGACUGUGAUGAUAAAAUAACUUGGUAACUCACAUAAAUACACCGUUUGACAGAGUGGAUUUUCCCCUCCUACCCUUUUAAGCAGCGGAUUGCCACUGUUUUUGUUUGUGAAAAAACAGCUCAAUUUUAUGCAUGUUUACUCGGAAGUAAGCCCCAUUGAACUCAGUGGGGUUUACUCUAGGUGUACUGCCUUAGGCUGGAGUACUUUACUAAGUUACUUGAGAGUAAGCCCCAGUGAGGCGAACUUUUUAUUGGGCAUAUAGGAUUGGGCAGCUAAGGCAACUUUGCUUUUUUCAAAGAGAACAACCACUUCUUAAAUGUUGUAUUUAAAAGUUCAUUUUCAUGCAGUUGGUCAUAUUGUAUGCUAGUAACAUCAUUAAAAAUUGUAGGGUAGCAUUUAAAAGAGUGUUGCAUUCUGUAGAUUUGGCUUUUGCUUAAACUGCACAUUUUACAUUCAUAGUUCAAACAUUCCUCUCACUUUGCCAGGAGUCCUGCAGCAGUUUGUGUGUGUGUGUAUUCAAUUUUGGACCUACUCUUCAGUUUUGGACUGAAGAGGUCUUCUGUAGCCAUAGUUUGUAGUUUUCAUGUGGAGCUGCAGAACUAGACACACAAAGGAAACCAGGCCACACAAAUGCUACAGUUAGGCCGUGGUAAGUGGGUAAUAUAAGCCCACCAUAAACGAAGAGAAUAUCUGUAGAUAAAAGUCUGUGCUUAUAACUUUGUAUUCUGUCCAAAAGUUUUUGUUUGCCUGACUACUGGUAACUUUGGAUUCUGUGUUACAUACUAUGACCUGCCCUUUCUGUGGCUAAAGUCAUACAUCCUGGCUUUUGAGCUUCCCAGUUUGUACAAAUAAGUAACAUUAUUGGACAAAAAUUCCAUAGUGAACUACUUAGAAUAGUUAUUUUUAGAGCAUUCCUCUGCUCCCUCUAUUUGCACAGUGGUGGUGAGCUGGUUUCCUGUCUGCUGCUGCUUCCAUUGUUCUUUUGGCUUCUCACUCUAGGCAGCUGUUCCAUUUGUUUGUGUGUGUGUGUUUUAAAUAUAAAGCAUCAUGCAAAGCUAACUGUUAACCCAACUCAACAUUAAAUGCUUGUACAUUUUGUCAUGUGUUCAACAGCCUAGCUGUCUAGUGAGCUUGGGCAGGGCAUAAAAGCAAAACAAGGAAAAGAUGUCAUGAUUAAGAGGGAGGACUUCAAAGUUGAGGAGUGCAUUGAGUGCACUGGGAGCACAUGUUGCAAGCUGGAAGUUUGCAGAGGCCUGACCUUUAAAAGACAGUGUAAUUCAACAUUUUCAAAUGAUAGGCUUACAAAGCUGGCACAUGUGGUCUGUAGUUUAUCAUCUGUCCUGAAAAACCCUAAAGUAUUUUCUGUGCUAUAAUCCUAACGUGGAAGGAAGUUCCUGUUAAAGUAAAGGUUUAACAUACUUGGUUUUACUUAUUUCACUCUCAGCCCAUCCUUCACCCAGCAAUUGAUCCCAGUUUAUCAAACAUAAAACUUAACUUGGUUCUGUGUAAAUUUGAGUGCUACUUGUGAUUUCUUGUACAUAAGAAGUAUAUGUGGAUUUAAAAUCAAGCUGACACAUAGGGCGGAGGAUUAAAGUCAAGGAAUGCAGUCUGUGGAGGGAUGGGAGAGGGAGUUGGUAUGUUUCAGUAUGUGAACCAUUAUAAUGUCUGUCUCCCCUUGCUGUGGAAUGAAUAAUGUAUGUUAUUCCAUAACCUUUGUUUGUGGUACUUGCACAAAUGAUGAGAUACCUGGUGAUGCACAUUUGGGGAGGAAGCAUAUUCUGUACAAAUGGUUCUGAUCUGUGUAUCAGAUCUCAUAUCCAUAAACCAUGUUCUAAAAGAGUGCUUUGGGGGGCAAGGCUAGAAUUACACACACCUUGUGAAAAUAAAAUAAUCUGGCUAAGGAGAAUGGGAGCAGCUGCCCAGAGAUUGGAGCAUCUCUUUGAUCCCUCUUUGCCUUAUGAGUAUGGGUGAGUUUGUUUAUUUACCAAACCUGUUGCCCCAUUUAAAACAAAGAACUCCUCAAGCUGGGUUUUAACACAAUGGCCAAGCAAUAUAUGAAAACAUCUAGAUCAACACUGUAUAAAAGGGCUGUUAAAUAAUAAGCCUAGGAAUUGGUUAACUAACAAAAACAGUAGUUCAUAGAGCAUCAGUCAGAAAAGCUGCUCUUGACAGCAGCCUGUUGAAGCUGUGUUUUCCCUUCUUCUGACAAGUUAGGGAGACAAAUAGGCAGCCCUUGUGUCUCAUUAAAUUCUCUUUCUCUUGCUGUCCUGGGUAUGUUAACACUAGCCAGGUGCCACUAUUUUUAAUUGCUAUGCCAAUCGCAAGCCUGCUGCCUCCUUUGUUUUCGCCUUGAUUGCAUUUGGGCAGAGUCCAUACCACAUAGUACUUUCUUCAUGUCAGUAGUAUACAGUAGUGACUUUUCUUCGUGUUUAAAAAUUCUUUACUUAAACAUUUAGGCAUGAUUUGAAUCUUGUACAUGUGAUUUAACCCAGUGCUGGAAUGAGUUCUGCAGGUGCCUUCUGGAAAUGUUUUGCUCCUGUGAACAUGGGCAACGGCUCAAGUAGAGCUUCACAAAACACACACAGUGAGAGAGAUUUCCUGGAGAAAGCAGUCUAGCACAUUGUUCUCUUGGCAAAGGGAGAGCCUGCUUCUUGAAAGCCUCUUUGUAAAUCUUAUUAAAGCAGCUGGUUUCUACCCUUUGCAAUACUUCUUCACAGCACAGCUCUUCCGUUAUGUUACCCUGCCUAUUAUUAAAUGGGUUUAUUUUCCUCUAAUAUUCAAAAUCAAAGAGAUUAUUAACAGUAUCUAGUGUACAGGUCUGUGUGUGGUCUAAUGCACGUUAAUAUGGUGUUACUUUGUGCCAGGAAGAUGAAAAUGGUGCAGUUAAUCCAAAGAAAUUUAAUCUUGCAUAUAUACAUUUUGACAGUGUCAUGCUGUGCAUGCAUCUAGAGUGAAUUUCAAAACUGAGGCCUGCAAGUUGUGCCAAAAGCCAGUUGUGUCCCAAUACCUUGUACCUGGUGAACUCUGUGUGUGUUUUCAAAGAGCACUGUUAAAAACACUCCAGAUGUUGUAGGACCCCAACUCCAAUCAGCCCCAAUCAAGAUCUUGAGGGCCACAGAUUCCCCAUCCCAGAUCUAUCUAGAACAGUAUGGUCAGAGCAUUAUCAUAGUUCAAGAGUUCGUUCAAGCCAGGCCAAAACACUCGAGGGCACAGAGGUGGUUGUGGCCUGAGGAAAGUCCUGAAGUUUGGAGGGCCACAUUUGGGCUUCAGAAUCCCCACUAUUGAUCUAAGAAACAUGAACAAGAACUGCACACCUACAGUUACUGGAAUAAGGGUGACCGCUGGAAGCUUCUUACUCAUGCAUACUUGCAGCUUUUUCUUUCUUUUACUUUGAGGAACUUGACAUAAGUAUCUCUGAUACUUUCAUUACCUAAGAAGUCUAAAUUUUACUGCAUUAGAACCCUAAAUUAAAACAAGGCAACACUUCUGUAUCCAGAUAGUUGCCCCCUCCUUUAAACACAGCAAACAACUAACUGUUAACACAUGAGACAGACAGCCUAGGAAGGAUGCCUUUUAACUGUGCCCUGUUAAAACAGGAAAUCAAAUGCGCAGACUGAUUACUAACAAGAGGAAAAACCAAAGCUAGCCUGUAAUCAGCACAAAUGCUGCAGUGUAAACAGAGCCAUGGCAGCCCCAAUGUGGCCUUUGCUCUAAUGAGAAAUCAGCUGGACUAAGGAGAGAUCUGCUGCCUACUUCUAGUUUCCUGUUGCUGCAACUCCUGCACAAAUAGGGGGACUUUUCUCCUGGCAGUUCAGAGGGCCGGUGUUCCAUUAUUGAAAUCAGCUCAUUACCCCAAGAGAAGUUGCAUGGCAGUUUUCUCUUGUUUAGCCCAAACCUGUUUUGUAUCAUUAACCUCUUAGCAGAGGGAACAUGUCACAAUAAGUAAGCAGAUCAAAGGGCAGGCAGCACUGCUGGUUUGUUCUUGCUUUAAUUUUUUGUUUGUUCUGUCAGGAGAUUUAUCGGUUCUUGUUUUUAUUUUUGAGGGGUAGGGAGGGGAAGAGCAGGCUCUUCAGUUUCGUUUUUGAGGAGGGGCACUGGAAGUAUCUAAGUCUAGCUUUUGAAUAUUUUUAGCACAAGUUUGUAACAUUUCCACUACCCCUCCUUUUUGCUCUUAAGGCAAUGUCCUGAUCUAGCUGACUAAAAUACUUUAGCAUGACUGUUUACCUCAAGGCAGGACUCAUCAUGCAAAUACUUGUGCAAUGUGUGUAGAUCCAUUGACUUGUCUGCUUCUUUGAACCACUUGCUGUUGCGUACAUAUUCUCUAUGUACAUGGAAAGCGCCGAGCAAGCCUGACAAUGGCCAAAUGACCCACUGAACUCUCUGCAUACUAUAGAACUCAGCGGGGAGAAGCAAUAAUUAGUUGGCUGUUAGCUCUAGCUCCACCCGCUGGCCUUCCACCCCACCAGUUUCAGUGGGCACCAGCUACCACUACAUAAAAUAUACAUUAGAAUUAUUCUCCUGAGAUUCUGUUGAGCAACAUCACAUUGGGAACACAUCAUAGAAGAUUGGGGUUCCAAAAAUUUCUGUUCCUACUGGGCUCCUGUGCUUGACAGAGGAGCAACAGGCUGAGCAUUUCCAUGCCUGGCAGAGCUGCAGCUGUUACAUCACUGUCAUUAUGUUCUCUGGGAAAACACCGAGAGGGCUGUGCCAGAACAGAAGAAGUGGUGGUCCCAGAGAAGAAAAGCUUCUGGUUUCCUACUCCAGCUUCUGCUGCAGUGGCUCUUGCUUGGGAUAGCCAUGACACAGAGGGUGUCCUCAUGCCUCUUACCGGGAAACAUGGGGAUAGUGGGUUGGUGAUAACUUUCUUUAGCCCACUGGCUUGGGAGGGUUUUGUUCACCUGCUUUCUCACAUUGCUUUGUUGUUAGCUGAUUUUUAUGUCAUUUUUCAUCAUUUUUUAUACUUGUCUGUAUUUUGUUCACCGCUUUGGGAGCCUCUGGGUCAAAAAGCAGUGUAUAAAUCAACAAUAACAACAGCAACAAUAUUGUUAUUAUCAUUAAAACAAUAGUUGGGCAUCCUUUGUAGGGCGUUCCACUAGAACUACUGUUCUACUUGGCUACUCUGCUCUGUAUGUCCUUGCUGUGAUCCUUCAGGAGACUUGAGUGUUUGGUCAGACGUACCAGUGGAUAUGGUAGAGCAUUUAGUGGCUUGGCCCCUGAUGGCCUUUGACAAUGCAUGAUGGGACUUAGGUUUGGGAGCUUCUUUUCUGUGCAGUCCAUACCCAUCCUGAACCCUCUUUGCAACUAACACUGUUACCACCUGUUGAAUAACGAUGCAUAUUACCCUAUACAGUGGUACCUCGGGUUACAUACGCUUCAGGUUACACACUCCAUUAACCCAGAAAUAGUGCUUCAGGUUAAGAACUUUGCUUCAGGAUAAGAACAGAAAUCAGGCUGUGGCAGCUGGAGGCCCCAUUAGCUAAAGUGGUGCUUCAGGUUAAGAACAGUUUCAGGUUAAGAACCGACCUCCGGAACGAAUUAAGUACUUAACCUGAGGUACCACUGUACUGUUGUGGAUGGCAGGGGGAGAGAAACUCUGUAGUGAUGAGUGUCUAAAUGCUCUGCACAACUAUCAUUUUUUAAUAACCUUUGCUGGGAGGGGAAUAAAGGAAGUGGAGGUAUCGUAAUUUGAAGGUUACAGUGUAAUCCUAACCUUGUCUGCUCAGAAGUAACAACUGUUGAAUUUAGUGGGGCUUACUCCCAAGUAAGUGGGGUUGGGAUUAGACUCCUUCUUGUUGGUGACCUGCCAUCCAUGCUUAACUGUGUGUGGACUGCUGGCCUUGCAGCUCCAUUGCAGGAAUAGAGUCCAGGUUUCUGGUAGACAUCGUGUCAAGGCGCCAUGCACAGUUGCCUGUGACGAAAGUUCCCAGCUAAAGCUGCUUGUUGUGUGCUGACAUUGGCUUUUAGCUGGAAUCUUAUCUCCCUUGUGGCUCUGGGAGUGAAGGAAGGAGAGAGAGGGCUGUCAUCUGGCCCUCUUCAAUGGGAAUGCUUUACCUUUGCUUCAUCUGUAGUUUCAGAUGUAACAUUACACUGUCCCUGAGUUGAAUAUAGCAGGGAUGGGGGAACAUGUGACUCUCAGAUGUUGCUGGACUGCCGCUCCCAGCAUCCCUGACCACUGGCCAUGCUGGCUGGGGCUGAUGGGAGAUCCAGCAACACCUGGAAGGCCACAGAUUCUGUAUUCUUGUAGUAUAAGUUUCUGACUAAUAUCUGCCUGGUUUUCUUCUGCAAGUGAAAUGUGGUUUAGGACUGAAUCUAUCCCAGCCAGUGGGCGAAACUCAAUAAGAUUUGUCUGUCAAACUAGUGUAUACGACUUGGAUUCCUAAAAUUUCUGGUGGGAAUGAAAGACAUGUAGCCAAAGCUUUGGUUUCCUGCACUGACUAGUUUGUUUAUAUGACCUGUAGUAACUACCUUCUUCUAAACUCAGAGAUACAGCUGCAAAUAAAACAUUUUAAGUGCAAUGUGACACUAGAUGGCAAUGGUGAGCCUUAUGGAAAAUUCAAUGUAUUUUUAAAAACACUUUAAAAAAAGCAUUUUCAGAACAGUUUUUAAUAUGUGUGCAGAUUCCACCAAAGUAUUGCUAGUUUCUUUAGAUGUUCUUUUUACUGCAGUGUUCAGCACAUUGACUUGAAAGUAAGCUUUACUUAAAUCAGUGGGGUUAUGUUUCUAGACAUAUGAUUAUAGAAUUGAGAUGUUAGCUCUCUCUAGUACAAAAUGGAAUUGUAAAUGUAUUGCCAGAUAGUUGUAUAUGAAUGCCUUGAUACAAUAUUGCUGUUGUGAAUGAAGCCUGCUGGGGCAGGGUGAGGAACACAGUAGAGCACGUUGUUUGCAUGCAAGAAGAUUCCAAGUUCUCCCCCAGGUUCUCCAGUUAAAAAUAAUCAGGGACAAGGCAGAGUUUAGAAAAUACCUGAUGUAAGGGAGCAACAGGGUGGAAUGGAACAGCAGUGCCACCAUUGCAUCCAAAGCCCUGCUACUUGUACUGGCCAAAGCUUAAGGUGUGCGGAGGGGUAGCAUUUUGCCUAAUUUUAGCUGUGGCCACCUCCAAAAUCAGGCCAUUCUGGCUGUUAGAUAGGCUUAAGAGCUAGUGGACCAUGGCCCAGCCAGUUUCACUGUCCUUUUGUCCCCGUUUCAGGGCUUUACACCAGCUGUUGGCAGUGGAUUCCCCGUGAUAGCCAGUCAACAGCCCACACUGUCAACAGGCACUGCAGGAAUGUUCCAUGGCAGUGAAGAAGCAGCGGGAAUUGGGGGUUGUGAUUGUUGUUUUUGGCAGUUUCCUAUAAAUUUACUACAUGAAACGAACAGUGAUGCCACCCACAAGCAAGUUAAACUCAAGAACUUGGAUGAAGGUAGAUCCAUGGCUCAUCCCUACGAUUUGCUGUGCCAGCAUUAAAUAUAGUACAUCAACUGCUAUGCCAGCACAGAGUCAAGGCUGAAAAAUACCACACUGGCUUUUGUGCAUUUAAUCCUUGAUGGAGCAGUUGGGCACAUUGGCCUCUGUUGAAAAUUUCAGGUGCUCAGUCUUAAGUGGUUUGUGAAUAGAAGAGCAGAAAAUGUUUAAACUUUUAAAAGCUAGAAGUUUCUAAGGCGUGUUGGAAUAUUACUGACAUCUAAUCUUGGUUUUGGCUUCCUGCCUACCUAAUCAUGAAGCAUUUAGCUUGGAAGGAAAUUUGCUGGAUUGCAUACCCACAGUUGCUGGCCAAUAGUUGGUAUGGUACUGGCAAAUGAUGCAAGCCACUGUAUGUAUGAGACCAUGUGGACAGUUGUUAAGGUGACUGGCACACCUAUGCCAUAUCCCCAGAAUACAGGAACUGGAGGUAUAUCUUAAGGUUGCCUCUCUGAUGCUCAUUGCCACGCUUUAAUUGCAGGUGAUAAAAUGUGUCUGAAUGGAUAAGAUGAAGAGAUAGUCAUGCAAUGUUCACUGUUGCAUUUUUAUCAUAGAUGCUGCUGUUGCAAUAUCAGGCAGUGAGACAGAGGACGAUGACAGCAUGGAUGUCCCUCUGGAUCUUUCCUCUUCUGCAAGCUCAGUCAAGAGGAGGAGGCGGGGUAACCUGCCCAAGGAAUCGGUGCAGAUUCUUCGGGAUUGGCUCUAUGAGCACCGCUUCAAUGCUUAUCCUUCAGAGCAAGAAAAAGCACUACUGUCAAGACAGACACACCUCUCCACACUACAGGUAUUUAAAGAUGCUCCAAUUACGUUUUAAGACUAUGAUCCUAAGUACACUUAAUUUGGAGCAAGUCCUGUUUAAUUCAGUGCAACUCGCUUCUGAAUAAAUAGGCAUAGGAUUGCAUUGUAUAAUAGUGUUAGUUGAUGAGGUUGUAUAGCCAUGAGCUUAUGUGUUAUUUUCAUAUGCUGAUGAUACUUUGAAAGGUGUUGUUUUGUAUUUGGGAUCUACUUACAAACCAGUGUAAACACAUAGAGUAGAUGGUUCUGUUUGGGCUUUGGAUCAGGGUUUUUUGGGGCUCACUCUAGCAGCAUGGAUGGUGUCUGUCAUAGAGUUGUAAAUUACCUCUGGCUGUUUUCAUCACAAGCUGAAUUUGUGUAUCUCUGUAAUGGCCUCACUGAACCCAUAUAUUGUAACUUUAAGCUCCCUGUAGUAUUCCAAAACAGGAGCAAGAUGUGAGUGCACAUUACAGUGACUCUGGAAAAUGAGCAGGGUGACAGUGGGGACAUGGAAGUGGCAACUGCAGAGUUCCAUCCCCCCCCCAAUGCUCCAAAUAUAGCAGUUUUAAGCAUAAGCUUGUAACAUGUCUGUGUAGCUUUUCAUAGAAAUAGCUCUUUUCAAGUAUCUGGCAAAUAAUGUGCAUGUGUCUGUACUCUGAUUGACCUAAGAAUGCAAAGUUAGAGGGCUGGUUUCUGUUCCCAGUUCUGUCAGUGACAGUGCGCAAUUCUUUGUAUCAGCAAGAACAAAGUGAAAUUAUGCUUCUGUAUUUUAUGGGAGUCUCUAUUUGCUAACACACAUAAAAGCUUGCAGACUCUAGGAAGCAAGGUCCAAAGUUCCAUUGGAAGUAGCCCGGAAUGUGUACACUCGAAUGCAGACCAAAAUAUGCUGGGUUUUUGUUGGCAGCUCUGCAGAAGAAAUUUUGAAAACACAAAAGAUACAGCCCCCUUGGAAUAUGUGUGUGUGUGUGUGUGUGUGUGUGUGUGUGUUGUAAUUUUGCACAUAUUUUCACAAUACAUCACUCCUCUUCAUACAUUCAGCUUGAACCAAUGAGGGCCAAAUAUGAGGAGACAUUCACACAAGUCUGUCCCCACUAACCUUCCCCCGCCCCCAUAUGCUAGCUCUGCUUUAGGCCUUGCUGCUCAACACACACUCACAAUAUAUAGGGUUGUGUGUCCUUCAUGUGAAGGGGCAGAACACCUGAAAAAGAUUGUGUGUGUCUGUGUGUUGGGACUGCAUAAAUCCAGCUUGCUAAAGACAUAAAUCUGUCUUUUGACCUCUCAUCCUGUUGCUUUCUUAGAAUAUCAUUUCUUUGUAAGCGAUAAGCAAAUUUCCUUUGUCUGCAUUGGGCAGAAGGAGAAACCAUCCUUAUCCAGCAAACAUGAAAAGGGUUGUUAAGCUGUCCUUUUAUUGCCCAGGAAACUGGCUUGAUAUUCAAACAAGGGCAAACUUCAGUGAGGUAAUCUCUGUUUUGCCUGUUGACACAGAUAGUUGAACAGGGCAAAUCAGUAACUGUUUUUGGGAGGAGUUUCUCUUUCACAGGGAAACAUUUUCCUGUUGUUAAUUAACCCAAAUGCAAUGAACAAUGAGUAACAGGUUAACAUGUGUACAGAGCUAAAAAACUAAGCCUAUUGGUUUAGGCUAAGCAGACUUCAGAGAGCCUGAGGCUCUUUAGUAAGCAGAAAGGGCUGGUAGAAACAGGAAGGAAAGAAAGGCCUUCAUUCAAGGAUGUGUCAUAACUUGUCUGCUGGACUUCCAUUUGUCCUGCAGUUAAGGAAUCUGCUUGAAGGGAGUCACAGAUUUAACUGCAACUGCUCUAAUGGCACAGAGUCGGAAAUGAAUGGAGGUAGGCAUUAAGAUGUGCUUGUGUUCUUAGGUCUGCAACUGGUUUAUCAAUGCACGCCGCAGGCUUUUGCCUGACAUGCUGAGGAAGGACGGGAAGGACCCAAAUCAGUUCACCAUCUCACGACGAGGGACCAAGAUGGCUGACGGCAGCCCGGUGGAAUUCUCCAUUGGCACAAAAAACUGCAUUCCACUGAUCGAGAGCUCGUUCCUCUCCGGUAGCACAGGACCAAACAAGACUUGCAAAUCUUCUUCCUUGGGAUCCGUUUUGGCUCGGCCAUCAGUAAUUUGCCACACCACCGUAACUGCACUGAAAGAUGCUCCUUUCCAUUUUGGCCAACCGGGUGGCACUGGUCAGACCCCGGAUGACCUGCAGCGGGCUUCCCCUACCAACUUCACAGACAACUCCCAUCUAUACCACGAGGAUGUGUCUAAGCUGGGACCUGGUACAAAUGCACAGAGUGGGCUUUUCAACACUCCCCCACCGACCCCUCCAGACCUCAACCAGGAUUUUAGUGGGUUUCAGCUCCUGGUGGAUGUUGCACUGAAACGGGCCGCGGAGAUGGAGCUGCAGGCGAAACUCAUGAUAUAAAACAUUCUUCAUAUUUGCCCCCCGGGGCAGGGAUAUAACGGAAAGAUGUGGCAAUUGUCUACAUGGUAUCAAAGACUUAACUGCAUUUUUUAAUUAAUCUUAUUUGCACAAGGGAUUGCUGAAAUGAAGCUUCCUGCCACUGAAGUGGUUUUCAGUGGGAUAUGGUCAUUCCAAGAAUUAUAGACUUAAAGCUACUGUAGAAACAAAAGGGUUUUCUUUAUUUCUUUUCUUUUUUUAAAAAAAAUGUUUUGUAGUAGGGUUUUUUUUUCAUAAUGUGAGAUGAUUCCCAAUAUCAUGUGAUUUUGUUUUGUUAUUAUUUUCAUUGUUUUUUUCUCUCCAGACUGUGCAAUAUUUAGAAACAAGAUUAGUCUUCAUAUCAUUCCCACGUGGAACAAAAUAUACCAACAGGCUGUCUUAAAAAACAAAUUCAAGAUUUUAAAACAUGUUUGAAUUUGAAUGAUUAUGCUUUUUCAUGAUGUAAUAAAAUAUUUUCUUUAAUAGU